GAAAUGAGACCUCUCAUCUGGCUCUGUCACCAAUAAUAUAAUUAGCUUAGGCUGCCUUGCAACCAUAGUUGCUUAACUGCACUACAGUCACUUCUUUAUGUUGCAGCCCCGGGGUUAUGAGGCACAGUGAGUCCGUUCUGUGGAUUUCUCACGUUUUAAGGGGACUCGGAUGUACAGAAAACACCCGGGAGCCACAGGCGGAUCAGCACAAGACGGGUAUCUCGUGGAGCGCACAGCUGACACUUUGUGCGUCAGCUGCAGAAAUCUGGAGCGAGAUAAAAACAAUACAAUAUUUAUGGCCUUUAAAAGUAGUUUACCUUUAAACAUUGUGGGGAAAAACAAAGAUGGACGCACUGUUGUUUCAUACGCUGUGAUAUUUAAGCAUCAGUUGAAUCGGGCACAAAGUUUAGCCGCGCGUCCUGUGUAAGCUGCACUACACGCUCAGGAGGCACCUGAGGAAUUUGCAGUGCGGGCCAAGGUGGGACGGUUCUGCCUCGUGAGUACGCAGGGUGCGCGCUCCUGUCUCCAUAUCACUGACACUUACAUUAAUUCCUCGGCUCCACGAGACAAACAUGCAUUACGGAUCGCGCGCGAACGGCGAAGAAAAGCUCCAAACAUGCACGCAGAUAACUAUCAAAUGACACCAAACACGUGGUGUCAUAUUUAGCUGGUCUGGAUCCAAAAUUAAUUCCGAGCGCAAGCUUUGUCGCGCACCCUGGAGUGACUUGCUGACAAGCGCAACUCGCAGCCUGUUUGUGUUUGAACCCUGCAGUCAGUUGCUGGGGACGCUCGGAGUAAAAUGAGGUUUGGAAGCGUCAUUGUAUUCGUCGCUCUCUGCUCUUUUACCGCUUAUUACAUCUAUGAGCCCAUUCCCGAGGAGAUAGACGAGCGAUGGAAACUCAUGCUGACCAACUCUUUCUUCAGAAGUCUCAGCCACCUGGCAGACCUCAGUGAAUUACUGGGGCUGAAGGACUACAUGGGGGUAAUGUAUUUCAUUACCUUGGCUGAAAACGUAGUGCCUGUGUCUGACGAGCAUGUCAAGGUGACAGAGGAGAAAUUUGAUGGAGUGGAGGUGGUGCUGUACCAGCCAAAGCAGAGGGGCGGUGACUCUGAUCUCAGGAGGGCUGUCAUAUACCUGCACGGCGGAGGAUGGUGUCUGGGUAGUUCCAGGAUGAGUCCAUAUGAUCUCCUGGCCAGAAAAAUUGUCAUGGAGCUAGAUGCAGUGGUUCUCUCUGUAGAGUACCGACUUGCCCCUGCUCACCAUUUCCCUGUGCCAUAUGAGGACGUAUACCGUGUGGUCAAACACUUCCUCCAGAAGGGGGUGCUGGCCCAGUACACUGUGGACCCUGAACGUAUUGCUGUCUCUGGGGAUAGUGCUGGGGGAAACCUGGCAGCUGCUGUGUCCCAGCAGUUACAAAAAGAGCCUGGACAACAGGUUCAUUUGAAGGCCCAAGCACUCAUCUACCCCGUUAUGCAGGCUCUGGAUCUCAACACGCCUUCCUAUCAGCAGAACCAGGACAUGCCCAUUCUGCCCCGCACCCUCAUGGUGCGUUUCUGGAGUGAGUACUUCACCAGCGACAAGGCCCUUUUCAGAGCCAUGAUGGCCAACACCCACAACAAUCCUGAGUCUUCCAGCCUGCUGAAGUUUGUCAACUGGAGCGCUUUUCUGCCAGAAACAUAUCACAAAAAAUACAAUUAUAGUGCUCCUGCUGUGGUGCAGGGCAUGGGAGGGGAGGCAGCUGGGAUGGAUGGACCAUCUCCAUCUUUUGCUGACCCGAGAGCAUCACCCCUGCUGGUUCCAGACACUGCAUUACGCUCUCUGCCCAAGGCUUACAUUCUGACAUGUGAGUAUGAUGUUCUCCGAGAUGAUGGGAUCAUGUAUGUCACACGACUCCGUGCUGCUGGCGUUGAGGUGACACAUGAACACUAUGACACAGGAUUUCAUGGAGGGUUGAUGUUCACCGUGUGGCCAACUGACUUCCUGAUUGCACAUCGCAUGACAGACAACUAUAUUAAAUGGCUCAAGGAAAAUUUGUAAAAAAAAAAACAAAAAAACCCAAAAACUCUUGACUAUCAUAAUUCAUUCCACUUUUCUUUCCACACAAUGCACCAGUGUCAGUUAGGUGCAGAUUUUUCCUGUCUGACAUUCAACUUUUGUUGUUCAUUUCUUUAUUCUUUGUAAAUAUGUUGAGGAAAAUAUCAACUUGCUCUGUUUGUUCACACAUGGAUUUUACUACAUUAGAUACCAAUAGGAAAGGAUUUUAAAAGAAUAGUUUUGAUUUGUUCACAUGGGGUGGUUUCAGAAAAACACAACAGAUAUGACACCAUUCAAGUACAAUAGUAGUACUGUGUUAGAUGUCAAAGAAACAAUACUAAGCAGAGAGAUUUGAGGGCAAAAUCAAAAUGUGGAAUUUCACAAAAGUUGUCUUUGGAAGAUGAAAGGUUUUUGUGUUUUUUGGCUUGCUGGCCCUUUGAGAUGCUGCUCAUUCUUGUUUCCAUCACCUUGACUUGUUCUUGUUUCCACUGCAUCAGAAUCAAUACUGUAAACUUGCAAUGCAUGCCAGCAAAACAACCUGAGCUGUCCCAUUUGGGGCUAGAAGAACCAGUGUAUCAAGUAUUGGCAAAGGAGGAAAGGACACUGCAGUGCACAAUUAUAUUUAGAUUAAGUUAACAGAAUGCAGCUAAUAUAAAAACCUAAGAUUGUUUUGAUAAUUUUGCAAAACUGUAACUUCUGUGUAAUUCUUCCUGACAUUGCAUCAAGGAUUGGCAAGCAGUAUUUUGUUAAACAAAGCAACACUGUUUUCCACAAGGAAAGAGCUAGUCCUAAAUUGUGUAACCCAUACACAUGUGGUACAGAGUCAGGUUCUUGCUGGUAUGGUAAAUAAUGUAAAGGAGCAGUGUGUACAAUAUAGAGGGAUUUUGUUGCAUCUUGCAGUGAAGAUUGCAGAGUGCAACCAGGUAAAACUUUUCCCUGUUAGAAUUCCUGAAGUGUUCACUCUUCAGGAGGAUUUUAAUGUGAGCCAAACUAUCCGCAGAGGUCUCUUCCUCUUCAAAAAAAGGGACCAGGUGAUUUAAACAUGUAUAAGCACUAAACACCAGUUUCAUGGUACAUGGUAAAUUAUAUUGCAUUUCUGCCAAAAUAUCCCACUAAUUCCUACACACUGGACCUUGAAAUUGCAGACUGAAUGGUGUCCUCAUCAGCACACCAUUCAAUUGCAUCUAGUCUAAUAUCCACCUUUCCACCUACUCCAGGAGUAUAACAAAAACAUUUUUUCCAAGUCUUGUUUGCUUUGUAAAGGCUGCACAUCAUGCAAUAGAAUUUGAAGAGUCGCAUUGUAUAAAUAUAUAUACAUUUAUAUAUUUAUAUAAACAUUCUUCACACCAUGCGUACACAACCUUUUGUGACUCAGCUAAGUGUGAUGUAGAAUAUGGCAAAAAGAGGGACAAUGACAAUGUUAGGCAACAUUUAGUUUGGAGCCUUAAUAUUUACAAUACAUCACAAGUCUCAAGUGAGCUCCCUUUAUACGAUUUAGGGGGUUAUCUGUGUGUGUGCACGACCCCCUUCUUUUAAUUAAGUGUGAUUGUAUUGUAGUGUCACAGCAUUAAAUGUGGAAACCCCCAAAGUACAGUCAUUUUGGAAUAAGAAUAAUGCACAUUAAAUAAUUAAUGUGAACUUCUACAUAUAAACAAUAAAUAAGCCAGCUUAGCUUGCAAUAUAGACCUACCUUUGUGUAAAGGAUAUACCGUAAAAGCAACAAUGUAAAGGCUGCUUUGUCAGUGGAAGUUGCCAGUGUAAGACCAAGUGAUGAAAUUUGUAACAUUUAACAGUGUGUUGAUGAGAUUUUAUGGCAGGCACUUGUGUUGUAUGCCUGUUCAUGUUUCUGCACGUUAAGGUAUGACUUCAGUUGAUUAGUCCUCAGUCAACUUUUAGUUUGUGAACCUCUGCUCUAACAGCAUUCUGAGGAACUGCUUUUAUUUUUCCUGGAGGGCUAACAGUCAUAUGAGGUGGCUUGAAACCAUUCACUUGUCUCUUCCUUCUUAUGUUGUUUAUCUAUCUGUCUGUGGGCAACAUCACCCUGUGACUUCUCAGCACAUGGAACAGCUAGCUUAAAAGAUGACGUUGAGGAAAAAGUUACCAAAAAAUAAUCCUUUAUAAGAAUGUCUGUUCAUUAAUGUCUCACCGUUCUUUAUGGUUUAAUGUUUAAAAACAAUCACAGUUGAUAUAUGAAACACCAACAAAGAAAAGUGGUUUUUAAGCAUGACAUUGUUUUGUUUUUUUUCUCUCAUUUUUGCAAAGAAAAUACACUAUCACAUGUAAAAUCUGGAUUUUUUUGCAUAAGCAUUGCUACAUAUUCCAUUGUAAAUAUGGCAAUUUCUACUUUUGGUUUGGAUUCCCUGUUGAAGAACUUAUGAUUUGCAUAAUUUUUAAUUUUAAUGUUAUCUGUCAAUAAAUUAACUUGACCUGAAA